AUGUUAUCCAAUGACAAGUCUGAGCAACGUAUUUCACGUAUUCUGAAUUCGACCUUUGGCCUGAAAACAUUCAAAAGUCCUCUCCAACAACGCGCCAUCCAUUGUGUUGCUGAGCGACGUCAUGACGUUUUCAUCUCGAUGCCGACUGGCUCUGGGAAAUCACUAUGCUUCCAGCUUCCUGCUCUUUGUCAUCCCGGAAUUGCUCUGGUUGUCUCUCCUUUGCUGGCAUUGAUCAGUGACCAGUUAGCUCACCUGAAGCGAGUCGGUAUUUCUGCAACUACAAUCAAUUCGAGAUUGAGCGACAAUCAACGGCAGAAGAUCAUAGAACGAUUGCGCAGCUUCUCACCUGAAUUCAAGGAAGACCUAAAAUUACUUUACGUAACUCCAGAACAAAUUCAAACUGCGGCAUUUUCAUCUGUCAUUACUGCGCUUCAAAAGAAGAAUGCUAUCAGCUACUUUGUUGUUGAUGAGGCUCAUUGUGUCUCAGAGUGGGGACAUGAUUUUAGACCGGCUUAUUUAUGUUUAGGGAAAGCCCGCCACCAUCUAUUUCCUACCGUCCCAUGCAUAGCUCUAACUGCUACGGCCACCCCGCGUGUUCAGGAAGACAUCAUAGCAAGCCUGAAACUUGGGGCGUUUUCAAGGAUUGCGGACGCUGGUCAAGUGCUGGCUGGACUUCGCACUUUUAAGUGCGGUGUUUUCAGAGCAAAUUUGUUUUAUGAUGUCGUCUUCGUGGAUUUAUGCCAAAAUCCUCAAGAAGAUGCUUUUCAUUUUGCGUCGAAAUGCCUUUCUUGGGAUGGAACGGUGCAAACUUCGUGGAAUAAAUUUGGUUCGGGCAUCAUCUAUUGUCGCACUCGGGCUGACUGCGAGUCCAUGGCCUCAUGCCUCACAACCCGUGGUCUCCCAACGCGCGCUUACCACGCCGGUUUGGCGAAAGCGGAUCGUGAAUCGGUGCAACUUGGCUGGUCCUCUGGACUGUUUCCCGUCGUUGCUGCUACUAUCAGCUUCGGUAUGGGUGUUGAUCGUUCCAAUGUUCGAUUCGUUUUCCACUGGACAGUUCCCAAAAGUAUGGCAGCCUAUUACCAAGAAUCUGGUCGUGCCGGUCGAGACGGCGCUCGAGCCCACUGUCGCAUCUAUUAUGCGCAGCAGGAGCGAAAUGCCGUCGUAUUUCUAACCAAACAGUGUUCUUCGCGAGGUGCGAAUCGCACAUCGAGCCAAGAGUAUCGAAAAGCCGACCUUGAUCAGAUGAUCAACUACGUGGAAUCCACUGUCUGUCGCCAUCGACUAUUUGCAGAAUACUUCAAGGACGAACUACCUCAUUGCGGUGCGCUUUGUGAUGUAUGCACUGACCGGGAUCGGGUAGUGAACAACUUGGCCGCAUUUCGUAAACUUAGCUGGUCUUCAAGGAUGGAAUCCGCUUCGGAGAAUGACUACUUCGAUAACGAAGAGAAUGGCUAUGUGGACUCAAAGGAAUUGGAGGAGUGCGAUCGCAUCGACCGACAACGGUUGAUCGAAGAAGAAUUUCGCAAACGGCGACACGACAGUGUUUCUCUCGGCCUAAAAUCAGGUUGGUGCGGUGCCCCCGAGAAGACAAACGUUAUCGAUCCAGAUAACAGAUCUCUCACCGGCAUCACGGGCCGUGCACGUGAUCAAACACUGCAACUUCUGAUAAACGGUAUGAAGGCUCACUUUCCGAACAUGACAAAUGAUGUAAUUGGCGCAUGUGCUUCCGCCGAGAUGGCACUAUUUCGGGAAUCAAAGGUGGCUGCAAUGUACCGUACACGCAUGGCUCGCCUUAUUACCCGAAUUCGGCGUCCGGAAACCACACCGGAUGAAGCCCUGUGUAUCGUUCGGAAUCGGGCUAGCGACGGAGGCUCCAAUGAGACAAAUAUGACCGUUGCUUCGUCACUUCACUCUAGCAAGGAUAGCCGCCCACCAUUCACCGUAUCAAGGGAUUCCGAAUUUGGCGUCGAAUCGAAGCCCAGAAAUGAGCUGAAAACAGUACCGGCGGACGCUUGUUACGAGAAGUUAAAAUCCUUCAACUCAUGCCCAGACGAUCAUCUUUGCCCAAUUACAACGCCUUCAUCCAUUUCUGGUGUUCUUGCAAACAGUGCUUCUCCUGUUCCACAUCCUUCCGGCUUUGACGUGUUCACCGACACGCAACUGCAACCUAGAAGGAUUUCCAGUAAUUCCGCAAACCCUGUAACCGCCGAAGUGCCCAGAAACGUCACUCCGAAGUGCGCAGCCUCGUCGAUCAGCUCCACUCUGCCACAUACUGUUCCCGCACUUGCUACUGGAUCUUUCACGGACCCAAACUGGAAAAACAAGGAUUCCCUAAGUGACGCUUUUGCAGGCGGGUCCAACUCUACUGAUGCCCAGAAGACCAAGCCAGUUGUCUAUUUCUGGGAGCGACGUGAUGAUGUGGCAAGGUGUCCACAGACAGCCUCAGUCCCAUCAAUCACCUCCACACCCACUCACUCAGACCUCAUGGCUGGAGAUAGCACUGUCAAGACCACUUUUCCUAGACUCGAGUGUCAACAGUCUAUUGCCCCUAUACCAGCCAGCCUGGAGCAGUGCGCCUCCAAGUUGAAGGUAAAGCCGGGCUCAUCCGAACGGGCUACUGCAUUGGCAAAGCGCGUUGUGGCCUCACUGUCUCGCCAUUUUGCCAAAGGACGCUUUCAAUCGAAGGACGUAUUCAAGGCGGUUGCCAAAGAGUUUACUCACAGACUGCUUUUGCUCAAAUCAAACGAUUCCGAAGUGUUUGCUACUCUUGAUCUCGCGGUGGAUCGGCUACUUCGUUCCUCAUCGUCUCUGCCGGUCUCUCACGUAAAAGACGUGCAAUGGACGCAGUUUCGUGAUUGGUUUCCCCCAUCCGGCCUGGACCUGACGUAAUUCUCCCCUGACCGAUUCCUCUUCUCCCGUGCAUUUUACACCAUCUACUCUGUGCCACCAUCCAGCGGUCUCCAGCCCACUAGAUCGCUCGUCUUUCAUCGCCAACGCUUUGGUCAUGUAUUCACUCGAUUUUCUCAGAAUAUUUAUACGAUCCAUUUUUGCCUUCCAAUAUUCCAGUUUGAUAGUCUGUCAUCACCUGAUCUUACCGGAUGUAAUUUGUCUAUGUGGUUCAUGAGAUACUGAUGUGAUCUUAUGGUUCAUCGAUUCCAGCAUGAAAUAGGCUUGUCACCUCCCAUUGAUGACAGUGAUUCCAUUUCCG